AUGUCUCCUUCAACUAUGAAACAGUGGGUUGUGCAAGAUAAGGAGCAUGACCUCGACGGUCUUGUCUACAAGGAUGCCGCCGUCCCGAAAGUCGGUGAGAAUGAAGUCCUGGUGAAGCUCCAGGCUGCGUCGCUGAACUAUCGCGACUUGAUUAUCCCCAAGGGCGCAUACCCAUUCGCUCUCAGUUUCCCCGUUGUCCCGGGCUCUGAUGGCGCGGGUGAAGUUGUGGAAGUCGGAUCCAAGGUGGCCGAGUUCAAGAAGGGUGACCAGGUCGCAACCCUCUUCAACCAGGGUCACCAGUAUGGUGAGAUCGACCCACAUGCCGCAGCCACAGGUCUAGGUGGCGCAGUCGACGGUGUUCUCCGCGAAUACGCGGUAUUCAACGAGACCGGACUUGUCAAAGCUCCAGCCAAUUUGACUGCCCAAGAAGCGAGUACCCUGUCAUGUGCGGCGCUCACCAGCUGGAAUGCGCUGUAUGGUCUGAAGCCCUUGAAGCCCGGCCAGGUCGUUCUGGUGCAGGGAACUGGCGGUGUCAGUAUCUUCGGCUUGCAGUUCGCCAAGGCCGCGGGCGCAACAGUGAUUGCGACAACCUCCUCGGCUGAAAAGGCCGAGAAGCUCAAGAAGCUUGGUGCCGAUCAUGUCAUCAAUUAUAAGACAGAGCCCAACUGGGGCGAAGCAGCUCGCAAACUGACUCCUGACGAGGCAGGUGUGGAUCACAUUAUCGAAGUGGGCGGUAGCGGAACCCUGCAGCAGAGCUUCAAGUGUGUGAAGCUAGAGGGUAUCAUCAGCGUCAUUGGAUUCCUCGGAGGCGUGGACGCUAAGACUCUGCCAACAGUCCUGGAGACCUUGACGCACAUUUGCACCGUCCGGGGUGUUUAUGUUGGCAGCAAGGCCCUGAUGCGGGACAUGGUUCGAGCUAUUGAGGCCAAUGAUAUCCAUCCAGUUGUGGAUGAGAAGGUGUUUAGCCUUGACCAGACGAAGGAGGCUUAUGAGUACAUGUGGGCACAGAAGCACUUCGGCAAGUUGACUAUCAAGAUCAACUAG